CCAAGUUACUUUUCUUUCUCUUGAGUAAAUGCGAGUGGUGCAUCAGAGUUUCGAGAAUUUGUCAAAUCUACAAAGAUCGAUCCUUGAGUCCACAAUCUGAGAUCGAUCUAUUCCUUUAGGGUUUUAAUUUCACUAAUAUUUGUUGUGUUUGAUUCUUCGAUCAUGGCAGCUCCGUUCUUUUCAACGCCGUUUCAGCCCUUUGUUUAUCAGAGUCAGCAAGACGAUGUGACGCCUUUCCAGAUUUUAGGUGGUGAGGCUCAGAUAGUUCAGAUAAUGUUGAAGCCAGACGAGAAGGUCAGUGCAAGGCCAGGUUGCAUGUGCUACAUGUCGGGGUCCACCCAAAUGGAAAACGUUUAUGCCCCAGAAAACGAGGCAGGAAUGUGGCAGUGGCUUUUCGGCAAGCAUGUAACUAGCACGCUUUUUCUAAAUACCGGUUCAAGUGACGGAUUCGUUGGCAUAGCUGCACCUUCUCUAGCAAGGAUUCUCCCGAUUGACUUAGCUAAGUUUGGUGGUGAAAUUUUGUGUCAGCCAGAUGCGUUCCUUUGCUCCUUGGGCGACGUGAAGGUUAGCAAUACUUUUGAUCAGCGAGCACGUAAUGUUAUACCUGGGGUAGAGGGUUUCUUGAGACAAAAGCUAUCUGGCCAAGGCUUAGCAUUCAUAAUCGGGGGUGGAUCUGUGGUGCAGAAAAAUCUCGAGGUGGGUGAGACCCUUUCAGUUGACAUGUCUAGCGUUAUUGCCCUUCCGUCAACAGUUAAUGCGCAAAUAAAAUAUAAUGGUCCAAUGAGAAGAGUGGUCUUCGGGGGCGAGAAUCUAGUAACAGCAAUGUUGACGGGACCUGGCAUCGUCUUUAUUCAGAGCAUGCCCUUCCCUCGGUUUUCUCAGCGCAUUGCUAGGGCGGUGACAUCACCAAACAUGAGAGAUAAUCCAAAGUUGUUCAUGCAGAUAGCCAUAUUCUUCUUUCUCGCUUACGUUGUGGUUGUUUCGUCUUUAAUCUUGACAGACAUAUGAUUUCUUUUACUUUUCUUGUUAAGUUCAAGUCCGAAACCUGACCCGGGUCUAGUCAACCGAGCUAGUGAAACCUCAUUGUAGCAAAAAAGCCGGGUUGAGUAAAGUAAAAAACCUAGUUUCAAAACAUGUCCGGUUCUUUGCUUCUCGAACCGGUGAACAAAGACUAGUUUAACAAAGGUGACCCAAGACAUUGUACAAUUUAUCAUUUUUCCAUUUAUUUGUUUGGUUUAAUAUUAAACUUAUGUGAAUGCGAUGUUUGAUUAUUUUU